UGGACGGAGUAGAUUUGUUCGGACAUAUCUGCGGACCACGCAAAGCCCCGGCGGGUCACGGGCAAUACGCUUCCCUCCCAAAUUUUUGCUUUUUCUCGAAUCUCCCCUUCCUCCACUCGGUGAGAGUUGCGGGAGGACAAAGAUCUGAUUUACGAAGGUAGGCAGGGCCCAACGUCCAAUACGAAAACAUGUAAAGUUGAACGUACUGUUCCUAACCGUCAAUUUGCAGGCCAAAUAUUCAAAGGUAAAAAGGAGGCGUAGCUGAGAAAUGGCAACUAGUUUGAAUUUGGAGGUUCCACUUGGAGACGCCAUUUCUAGAAUCCAUUUUGCACCGCGUUCCAACAACCUCCUCUUCUCCUCUUGGGAUUCCAUCCUUCGAUUAUACGACGUGGACAGCUCCGUACUUAGGUUUGAAGCUCCCUCGGAGGCGGCACUUCUAAACUGUUGCUUCGAGGAUGAAUCUUCUGCCUUUAGUGUUGGCUCCGAUUGCUGCAUUAGAAGGUAUGACUUAUGUUCAGGAAUACAGAAUGUAGUUGGAAAGCACGAUGAUUUGGCAACAUGCAUUGAAUAUUCUCAGGAAACUGCGCAAGUAAUUACUGCAGGCCUGGACAAGAAAAUAAUGUUUUGGGAUAUGCAGAUGGCAAAUUGCAAUGUUGGAUAUUCAAAAACGGUAGAUGCAGAAGUGGAGUCUAUAUCAUUAUCUGGAUUGCAUCUACUAGUUGCCACUGGAACAACUGUAAACAUGUAUGACUUGCGAAACCUAAACGGACCAGUACAAAUGAAAGAGUCUAUUGAUUAUCGAAUAACACGUAUCUGUUCAUUUCCUAACUACCAAGGAUAUGCGAUUGGUUCAAUAGAAGGACGUGUUGCGUUAAAGUUUUUCGAUAGUUCUGCUGAAUGUGAAAUGGGAUAUGUCUUUCGCUGUUGCCCAAAAGCAAAGGAUGGGAAAUAUCAUCUGGUUGCGAUUAAUGACUUGGCAUUCCAUCCACGCUAUGGUACCUUUGUCACUGGAGAUAAUGAAGGAUACACUAUUAUUUGGGAUGGUCAAAGUAGAAAACGAUUGUUAGAGCUCCCAAGGCAUCCUAGCAGUGUGGCAUCCUUAUCAUUUAAUGGCACUGGUCAGCUAUUGGCUGUUGCAUCGAGCUAUACAUACCAAGAAGAAAAUGAAAUAGAAGAGAAUCAAAUAUUUUUACAUAAAAUGGAUGAGGACUCUGUAAAGCCAUUUCCUGUUUGGCAUUCCCGAUAGUUGCCGCCAUAGCAUGACAGGUGCGGGUGAAGGUGGAAGGAUGGUAGGGAAGCAAAGCAAAUUUUGGACUACAGCUAAUCCAUGAUAUAGCGCCCACAGGAUGAGUAGUCAGGAUCAGGAUCCCUGUCUUUGAAAGUUGCCAAUCACAAGCACUUUCAUCUCUCGUCAUAUUUUGAAGAGGUCCGUUUAUCUGUGUAUCCCAUACAAAUAUUAUGUUUUCUUUCUCAUUUUCAGUUUUACCACCAACUCAAGUGGGCCACACCACAGGGAACAGUGGGAUAGGACACACACCAUUGAAAUCUUUUUGGGACCCAUCCAAGUCUUGAAACUUGGUCAGUUCUGGGAUAGGACACACACCAUUAAAAUCUUCUAGAAUGUAAAAUUCCACGACCAAUAUUAUUAUGACCUUUUCCAUUUGAACGUGUACAGAGUGUAGUGUAUUUCUUUUCUUCAA